AAUUAUUAACUCAGCAAUACUUAAAACUACAUGGAUUGAACAUGAAUUUAUGUCUUAUUUUGAAAGAACAAAUAAAUAAAUAAAAUCAAGAACAAAUUAAGAAAUAAAUCAGUUGAAUCAGAUAGAUUUGAAUAAAUUAUCACACACGUUAUUAAAUACGUUUAUAAAUAAUUAAUUGCUAAUAGUUUGCAUGUUACAAGGUUCGCUAGUUAAUAAAUUACAUUUUUUUUAACAAGGGGGAAAAAACAGGCUUCCACCGUAAGCGCUCACAUAUUUUAUUUUGUAGUAUUUGCGUGCACUUCCUCUUCAAGCACUCGCAGCAGAUGACCGUCACCGGAGCCGAGGAGGAGAAGAGCGGGAGACUAUCCGACCGGAGCAUGGUAACACUGAGUUGUGAAUGUAAGUAGUCAACAUAAAACUUGCUUGAAUGUUUGUUUCUGGAGGUUCAACGUGUUUUUAAAACAGACGAAGUGAGUCACGUGUGCAAUGUAAAACGGUUAGGUUAGCAAGCUAGCAUGCGAAGUCAACAGUUAGCUGCUAAGCUAAUGCAGAGCGGUUGCUCUGCCGUGGUGUGUAGUUCAGGUGGAGACCAACAUGCAGUGGUGGAUAGUAAGUAGGGAUGCAUGAUAGUUAAUGGUCCGAUAAUUAUCGGCCCAAUAUCAGGAAAUUCUGACGUAAUUUCGAUAAAUCCGAUAUCAUAAGAUUUAGUAUAUAUUUUUUGUCAGCACUGCGGUAUGGGUCGUUUUUUUUUUUUACCAAGCGCUCUCACUCAGAGCCUCUGCUCUCACUCCAACAUGAGACCUGUGGCCUAUGUGUGAUUUUGUUGUUGUUGUUGUUAUUGCUAGGAUAAGAAUGUAUUAGUGCUACCAGCCCAACUUUAUCUAACUUUUACUUAUUUGUGUAAUAAAAUGUUUUGAAUAGUCUAUCAGGCAUCUUAAACAUCUGCUUUGUUUUAUUCAGUGUUGGUGUAUUGUUGUACUUUUAUGAAGAAUGUGACUGCAGUUUUUGAUAGUUCUGAUGGAGGUUUAAAUUUCAUGACAGGUGUCCUGUAAAAUAAUAUUUUUUUUGUAUGUAUUUUCAGGUUGCUGUGACAAAUAUGACUUGGCACUGUAAGUUGUGUUCAGCUUCUUUUACAACUAGAACAUAUUUAUUUAAACACUGUAGACUGCAGCACAGCCACUUUUCAAAAACUAGCCCACUCCCAUGCCUCCAUGACGAUUGUAUGUGCACGUUUCAGACACUUAGUGCACUGAGUACUCAUCUGUCAAGAUAUCACACGCAAGAACAUAACAGCAGUGCAAAGGAGAUUCAGGAACUUGUGACUUUCAAGUGUCCUUUAUGCACAUUUCAGCAACCUUUUUCUGAGUCUGUACUCCUCAGUCACAUAAGAACACACUUAAAAAAGCAUGAGACAGUGGUAUGCCCAUACAAAGAUUGCAACUAUAGCACAAAUGUAUACUCUUCAUUUAACACCCAUAAAAGUAGAGUGCAUCAAGCAAGUCUUGCGUCAGACUUUGGUAGUGACAUUGUCUAUGAGCAUACUCAGAAUCUCCAAGCCACCAGCUCUAACGUCACUAUUGGUUUGGAUGAAGAGUGUCCAGUUCAGAGCACAGAAAUGCAGGAUGAUACUUCAAAACUAAAAGAUCAGCUCAAACUUAAUGCAGCAUCUUUAUUUCUAAAGAUGCAAACUAUCCUUCAUGUGUCAAACACAGCUACGCAAGAAAUAGUUGAUCACUUGAAUCAGAUCUUCUCUUUAUCUCAGCCACUGAUCAAGGAUGCAGUUAACGAUAUAUUGCAGAGACAUGGUCACAAUACAACAGAUUCCACACUCGAUGAAGUUGUCAGUGCUGUCAUGGACUCUAAUGUUGUUUUUAGUGCUACCUCCAAAGAUGCAGAGUUGUCCUCUUGUAAGCGAAGAAAGACAUUUAUAGAGCGCAACUAUCCAUUGGUAAUGCCAGUAGAGUACCAUUUAGAAGCACCUGGUCAUACCAUGAUGUAUGUUCCAAUCCUUCAAAUGAUUCAGGAGCUGUUUAAAAACACAGAUAUCCUAAGCAAGAUCAGAGAACCAAACACUGAGCCUGGUUAUUAUGUGUCAUAUCGUGAUGGCUCUCAUUUCCAGGAAAAUGAAUUGCUCUCAAAAGAAGAUCUACACCUAGCAAUACAGCUAUACAUUGACGAUCUUGAAAUCGCUAACCCUCUCGGCACAUCACGUAAAGUUCACAAACUUUGUGCUGUAUACUGGGUCCUAGCAAAUGUGCCGCCCAAGUACAGAUCAGCAAUGCACACUAUACAGUUGGCCAUGCUAGCUAAAGUUACAGACCUCCAGAAAUAUGGAUAUGCAGCUGUACUUGCUCCACUGGUUCGUGAUAUUCACACACUUGAACAGGAUGGUGUUUUCAUUGAAUCUGUUGGUCAGAAUGUGAAUGGCACCAUCUUCUGUGUUUCUGCUGACAAUCUGGCUGCACAUGGGUUAGGUGGCUUUUUGGAGUCAUUCAGAGCAGAUUAUGUUUGCAGAUUCUGCAUGGCCACAAGUAAACAGUUUCAAACAACUGAGGUAAAAAAGGAGGAAUUUGUCCAGAGAACCAAAGCGAGUCAUGACAAUCAUGUACAAAACGUCCUCCAAGAUGAGAGUUCAAGCAGCCAAUUUGGGGUUAAAGGUGAUUGUGUCUUCCGUGAGUCACUUGAGCACUUCCACCCUAUCACAGGUUUUCCUCCAGAUCUGCUACACGAUCUUUUGGAAGGAAUCGUUCCAGUUGAACUGGCACUUUGCAUCAAAGAAAUGAUUCGGCUUAAGUACUUCACUUUAGAGUAUUUGAACCAAAGGAUCACAUCGUUCCCAUAUCAGCACACUGAUAAAGUAAAUAAACCUCAUCCAGUUCCCAAAACAUUCAUGACCCGGGGAACAAUAGGAGGCAAUGGGCAUGAAAAUGCUACGCUGUUAAGACUACUUCCGUUACUUGUAGGCAGUAAAGUACCAGAGGGUAAUGUUGCAUGGGAGGUUUUGAUGGACUUGAAAGAGUUGGUGGAAUUAGCAUUGUGCCCAUCAUUUUCUGAUGAAACAUUGGACUAUUUUGUUUGCAAAAUCAGUGACCACAGACAGAUCCUACAAGAGGCUUUCCCUGAGUUUAGGCUUCGUCCUAAGCAUCACUAUUUGGAGCACUAUCCGACCUUAGUUAAGUGCUUCGGGCCCCUGGUGCAUGUUUGGACCAUGCGAUUUGAAGGUAAGCAUCGUUUCUUUAAGAGAGUGGUGCAUGAUGCUCAAAACUUCAAAAAUGUCUUGAAGACACUGGCAAUCCGACACCAAAACAUGAUGGCAUUUCACCUUGGUUCACCAUCAUUUUUCAAACCAAAAACACAAACAUCCAGGGUUAAUUCUGUUUUGGUUUCAGCUCUACCAGACGCAGCUCAGGCUCACAUUAGAGGACAAACAACUAGUGACACUGUCUAUUGUACAUCAAAGGUGACCAUUGAUGGCACAGACUAUACUAGUGGCAUGUUUGUGUCAGUUGGAAACAGUGGGGGACUGUCAAAAUUUUGCAGACUAACACAGAUCUACCUUGUGAAUCACAAUGUUUCUUUUCUCUGUUGUGAUUAUGACUCCUGGUAUAUAGAGCAUCUUCGAUCCUACGAGCUGUCAGCCACACAGGGAAGCCAAUCUAUCCACCUGCAGUCUGACUUCAAUGAUACAACCCCACUCUCUGCAUACAAGAUUGAUGGCUUGCUGCUGUUGACUCCCAAGAAGUUCAUACAAGUGAGACAAAAUUAAGACCACUCUAUGGUGAGUAAUUCUUCAUAAAUCAUUAAUUGGUCAUUUAUUGGAAAGUGUGCUCAGUAUAACCAAUCAUUAUAUAGCUACAUCAACAUACAUUUCCUGCAUUUUGGAAUUGCACUCUUUGGUAACACAUUCUAAAGAACAUGUCUAUAAUGCAUUAAAAGCAGAAAUUUAACUGGCCAAUGUCAUGGUAGAAAUAAUGUACUGUGGAACCCAGGUCUCAGAUUUUUCUUUCAAACACAGUCACUUUGGCAUGGAGGUAUAAAGCAUUAUGAAUGCUGAACACAUUGGAGCUUGUCAUUAAUGAUUAUAAACAAUAAGUAAGACUUAUAAAUGCACUAUAAUGUCUGUGUGCUGAUGUGUUUUUAACCUUACAAUCUCUUCAUUUAUUAAAGUGAUGGCAGCUGAAGCUCCACAAAACAUGAUCCUUCGUGUCGUCGAGGCAGACCGUGUAAGAAAAUUAAAACUCAGCUCCCGUCCAGCCUCUGUUGAUGCACUGAUUGAGAUUUUAAAAGAACAACUGGAACUGGACUGUGACUUCAGUUUGCAAUACGAAGAUCCAGACUUUGAUGGAAAACUCACUUGCCUUGUUGACAUCGAGGAGUUACCACAAAAAGCCUGUGUUCAUAUUUCACUUACACAGGAUUCCAGUUCUCUUGCUUCAACUGAUACCCUUUCAGAUAUGUCAUCCCCAGAACGUCUGAGCAGAUGGCCUCCAGGUCCUAUUCAAAUUCCCGCAUUUGCAUUUGACGUUGAGCUGACACUUAGAGAUGGGAAUGCUGAAUUUGAAAAGAAUGAAAGACCUCUUCAGUUGUCAAGGGACCAGAAGCACAAUAUUUUAGACACACUGGCAUCCACCAUAUAUGGUUUUAAGGCAUACCCCAGUGAUAAAGAGAUAGCAAUGGUGGCUGAAGCUCUUGUAAGGAAACACCCCUGUUUAAAAGAAGCAGGAUCUGACAAUGGAUGGAAUGGCUGGAAGAACAGCAUCAAGUUUAAAAUGGGCAAUUACAGGACCAAGAUGAGAAGAGCUGGAUGUCAGGAGGUUGCUGUAAAUGCUGGGAAAAGGAGCCGAAAAAACCCAGAGAAUGAACCUUCACACUCCAACAUCAAAAGACCUAAGCGUGCAGAGGUCAACUUCCUGCCUAACUUUCCUCAAGGAGAGGAUCAUUCAAGUCUUGACCUUUUGAGGCAGACUAUUGUUGAGGAAGUAAAGAAGACUGAGAGAAACCUACCCCUUAUUAGUAAGAUGAUGCAGAACACGUUUGCUUUGCGACGCCAGACCAUUGUGAUGUCAUGUCCUCCGGUGAAAGAACUAAUGGACCUCUGGCCUGCUCUUCAUAUGCAGUCUGAGGUAAUAUGGGUCAACUCUUUCAUCUGUUUUUAUCUUUGCUAAAUACAUUUAAUAAAUAAAUUCAUUUUGUAGGUUCUUUUUCAGUUUUUAUCUUUGCUACUUAUGUCACAUUGUCUGUAAUGUUGCCUAAUUUCAUUCAGCAUAAAAUAAAUAAUUGCUGUUACUGUCCUUUCCUCCAAUGCAGGUGUAUGCAGAGUUCCAACGGAUAACUAACCAGAACCUACCUAACACUUUCUACGCGGAGCUUGAUCGCCACACUCCUCGUUUGAUGGCCUUAUUUAGGCAGAAAGCCUCCAAAACUGGAAAGACGGCAGAUGCUUUGGCAGACAUUUUCAAAGUCCAUGAUACACAGGUGAUUAUACAGUACAUUUCACAGGUAGAGUCUUAGUGUAAUGAUGGGAGUUUAAUGCUUCAAAUAAGCUUUUAAAUUCCACAAUGGCACCAGAUGAGUCAGCAGAUUAUUAGUGGAUUUAUGUGCAGACACUGGAAAUUAAUGAACUAAUAAUUAGUUGGGACUGUUUAGCAUUGGGUUUGAAUUGUAAACUUGUCACAACACUAUUUUAAUCUUCUUAGGAAUUACAUGAUGUCCACACAAGGCGUACCACUGUUCUCCAUGCCCUUCCUGUGUAUCUACGUGAGGAAGUCUCUGGAUUUUUGAGAACAUGUGUGGUAAGUCCAAGUAAAGAGAUAUCAGGCCUAUUGUACUAUAAAUUAACCAAUUCAUAUUUUCAUUUAAUUUCCAACACACUACAAUUCCUGUAUAUGUACCAGUAUUUCAACUUAAAACCUCUGGCAAGAUGUUCAUAAGUGUGGAGUGUCAUUUUGGGCCCAUUAUGGCAUCAAAAAAAAUCAACUGCAAAGAAAAUCAAGUAGCCAUCAUUAGCCUAACAGUGGAACACAUAAAAGUCAUCUCAUUUUCUCAGCAAUGAGAGCACAACGCAACAGAAUGAACAGGAGUCUUCCAGACUUGUGUAUUUCUUGUUAUUCAUAUGACAUCCAACUGUAAUCAAAAUUGCCACAGCCAUAGUUUCAGUAAAUGUGAUUAUAUGAUCUCCCUUUCAUUUUUUAGGAUGAUAUGGAUGAGCCAGACCUGGGGGAUGCAUCAGUGGUCCUCCUUACAACCGUCAGCGAUGAUGCAACAAGCCCAGUUCACUACCACCCAGUGAGAGUCUCUGUCGUCCUAGAGGGUGAUGUGGUUGUCAGCCUCCCCAGGCUUGCUGAUGCCUUCCUGGUAAUGUUCGGCCUGAUCUAUGCACUACAUCUCAGUUAUCCCAAGGGACUGCCAAACACUUUUGAGUUCACACAGAAAAUCUUACUUGGUCUUGAUGACUCUAAACUGUCACCCAAGCUGCAGACUCUUAAAAAUGACCUGAUGUUGUAUGUGUAACUGAAGAUCCAAUAAGGAGUGGUGGAUUCUGAUGGCUCACUUUGUUAGAGCACAGUCCAAAAUGAGAAUAUGUCAUGUCAGAUCCAUGUUGACUACUGUUCAACUGUAGAUGUUAAAGUUGCUGCUCUACUCAACUUGUUUUUAGCCAAAUGGCAAAGUACACACUGUCUUUGUACUGGUUAAUGUACAUUUCAUUGUUGUUUAACUGAAAUGCAGGGUUGAAUUAAGUGUUUAUACACUAUGGCAUUUUGUUUUUAAAAGGUGUACUAUAUAGUUUUGGGAAAUUUUUUUUAUUAGAAAAGAAAGAUCUUCAUUGAUACAUUUUCAUAAAAAAAUAAAUAACAAGAGUUUUCAGGCUGCUUCAGUAAAGUAGCCACCUUUCUAGUUGGAAACAGUGUUAUAGGGACUUUAUUUUCUUCUGAGGACGGGAUGUUUAUUCUGUUAUGGAAAUGGAUCAAAUAACUAGUCUUUAUUGUCUUAUUAAUAUUGUUAAUUCAGAUUUUCAAGUUUUAAUUACUUUUCUAAAGCUAUACAGUGCAC